GUUUCUAAUUCCCACUAAUUGGAGGGUGAUUUCGUCAUUUCGUAAUAUGAAUGAAAACCCGGUCGCCCCCAAUUUCUCCCAAUUCCAAUAUUUCGCUCGUUACUGCAAUUCAAACCCUAAACGCAUCUCUCCACCUCCAUCCCAACUUAAUCGCUUUCAUCGUCGAUGCUGCAAAAUAGGAAGUUCCAAUGAAUCAUCACAAUAUGAACAACAAUAACAACCCUCCGAGGGGGAACUUUGGUUUCGGCAAUCCAAGUGGAAUGCAAAUGCACACGCAGAUGCAAAUUCCAAUGCAAAUGCAAAUGCCUGCGAACCAUAAUCAGCAGCAGGUACCCCACCUGCUAUCUCAAUCACAGCCGCAAGGCAGACCCUACUUCCCCGGACACUUUCAACAGUCGGAGCCUCAAAUGCACGCAUUCAAUCAGGACCAUUCAUCUCAGGCGCAAGUCAUGGGCCAAACCCAGGGCAACACUAACAUCAGCAUCCCAUCACCCUUGGUUUCCACACCCGGUUCUGGUGCACCUGCGAAGCGCCUGAACAGACCCCCUUCUAGACCCCCCGGCGGGUCCGCUGGUCAGGGAAAUGCUUCGCCCAUGAAAACCAUGGAACUGACACCUACCGUGCGGAGAGGGAAAAGGAAGCUUCCGGAUAAAGUAAUACCCGAGAAAGUCGUGGCGAUGUUGCCGGAAUCUGCUCUUUAUACUCAACUGCUUGAAUUCGAGUCUCGUAUAGAUGCUGCACUUGUGAGGAAGAAGAUUGAUAUUGUGGAAUCCCUAAAAAAUCCCGUGCGUGUGCAGAAGGUUCUGCGUAUAUACAUGUUCAACACUUACGCGAACCAAGCAGAGACGAGUUCUGCGAAUGAAAAUGCGGAGCCGCCUUCGUGGUCACUUAGGUUAAUUGGGAGGAUUUUGGAAGAUGGGAAAGAUCCUCUUUUGGAAGGAGCAGGGCAGAAAUCAAACUCUUCUUCAUACCCGAAGUUCUCUUCUUUUUUCAAGAAAAUUACUAUAUACUUGGAUCAGGGUCUAUAUCCGGAUAAUCACGUAAUCUUAUGGGAGAGUUCGAGAUCGCCUGUUCUUCACGAGGGGUUUGAGGUGAAGAGAAAAGGCGAUAAGGAGUUCAAUGCGAUUGUUAGAUUGGAGAUGAAUCAUUCCCCAGAAAAAUUUAAGCUUUCACCCGCAUUACAAGAAGUUCUUGAAAUUGAGGUGGAGACACGUCCAAGAAUUAUGGCCGCCCUUUGGCACUAUGUGAAGAUGAGGAAUUUACAAAUACCUAGUGACACCUCCUCUUUCAUGUGCGAUCCGCCUCUAAAGAAGGUUUUCGGGGAAGAAAAGUUGAAAUUCUCCAUGGUUACGCAGAAGAUAACACCCCACCUCACACCACCCGGACACAUACACUUGGAGCAUAGGAUCAAGCUUUCGGGGGGUAGUCCAGCUGGAAAUACUUGUUGUGAUGUUCUGGUCGAUAUUCCUUUGUUAUUGGAAAAGGAGAUGUCGACUUUCUUGACAAACGUAGAGAAUAACAAGGAGAUUGAUGCUUGUGAUGAAGCUAUCUCUUCUGCUCUGAAGAAAAUACACGAACAUCGUAGGAGAAGAGCAUUCUUUCUUGGCUUCAGUCAGUCGCCCGCAGAGUUUAUUAAUAAUCUAAUAGCUUCUCAGGCAAGGGAUUUAAAGGUUGCUGCUUCGGAUACUAGUCGUGAUGUGGAGAAUGAGCAUCGGGCAGAAUUCUUCAAUCAACCUUGGACCGAAGAUGCUGUUAUCCGCUACCUAAAUCGGAAGACUGGUGAAACUACUGGAAACAAAUAAUUAGGGAACCAUUUGACCGGUGAGCUUAGUUAGUACAUAUGGGAUUUAUAUAUGAUUUCGGUCCUCGUGAGGUACCUUGCUAUGGCUCGGACAUAUAACUGAUUGGUUCUUAGGUUACAGCUAGAAUUAAUGCUAUUUAUAAACACCCUUUUGGUAGAGAAGAAAACACCGACAGAUGCACAUAGAUUUGAUUUAGAAUGUUUUGCUAUCUCUUGGUCAGCGUCGGUUAUUUAUUUCUGAUUUCCUUAGGUUUUUUUUGUUAUUUCUUUCUUAAAUUUGUCUCACUUGCAAGGCUGAAAGCAUUAUUAAUGCAUUAUUCCAUCGACAUGCUACCUCAGCCAAUAUCAUUUAACUUGACUCUCUCUUUCAUACCAGCAUGGCUGCAAUAUUUCGGACAAAGACGGUGACUUGUAAUUCAAACUAAUUCUUUGUUUAUGACUUCUUCUAAAAUAGAUUAUGCUCCAGAAAUCGUAUUAGGAUACCUAAAUGCAGAUUAAGAUUCGAUAAUUUGUUUUCUGUUUUUCAUUUUCAAUGUGGGUUCUACUUCGAAAAUUCGACCAAAGUGAGGUAUACACCUUGUUUUC